UGGAAAAAUAAUUUGUCAAAAAGUUGCUGGGAAUCAGUAGUAUGGAGAAAGUUAUAAGUUGAAAGGAAGCUGCCUUAACAGUUGUUGCAUGCUUGAUGUUUCCUCGUACAAUAUUUGCUCCAACAGAAAUACCGUUUAGGAGCCGUUAGGGAGUUAGCUUCUAAAGUACUCCUGCUUCCCUCGCGCCAAUCCCAUGUUAAGGCUCACGAAGAUCCAGUCCUUGCUUAUCUCGAACCAAGAAAGAUUUCGCCUUCUAUCUAUUUCUACACUUGCAGCGAUUGCAGAUGCUCAAGAAACAUCCCCUAAACUCCAAACCCAUAUGCAAAAACCACUAGAAUCUCAUUCUUCACUCCGUGUAGACCCGAAAUUUUUUAUCUCUGCUUUGUUAAACUGCAAAAACAUCUUUGAAAUAAAACACGUUCAUGCCCAAGUAGUUGCCAAUGGAUUAUUAAAUAACCUAUUUGUUACAAACAAACUCCUUUACAUAUAUCUUCAGUACGGGGCUUUAGGUGAAGCUUAUGCUUUUUUUGAUGGAAUGAGAGAAAGGGACCCAGUUUCUUGGAGUGUCAUGGUUGGUGGGUUUGCUAAAGCUGGUGACUUUGUUAAUUGUUUUAGGACUUUUAGGGAGCUCAUUAGGUGUGGUGUUCAGCCUGAUAAUUAUACUUUGCCUUUUGUUUUGAGGGUUUGUAGGGACGGGAUGGACUUGUUAAUGGGUAGUUUAGUUCAUGGUGUUGUUCUGAAAUCUGGGUUGUGUUUGGAUCACUUUGUUUCUUCUGCUCUUGUUGACAUGUAUGCAAAAUGCAGGGUCAUGGAGGAUGCUCGUAGGUUGUUUGAUAAUAUGCCAAACAAGGACCUUGUAAUCUGGACUGUUAUGAUAGGGGGGUAUGCUGAGUGUGGGAAUGCUAAGGAAUCGUUGGUUUUGUUUGAAUGGAUGAGAGAGGAAGGUGUUGUUCCGGAUAAGAUUAAUAUUGUGACUGUAGUUAAUGCUUGCGCGAAGUUGGGUGCUAUGCAUAAGGCUAGACUUAUUCAUGAUUAUGUUUGCAGAAUGAGUUUUAGUUUGGAUGUGGUAUUGGGUACUGCAAUGAUUGAUAUGUAUGCCAAGUGUGGGAGUGUUGAUUGCGGGAGGGAAAUCUUUGAUAGGAUGCAAGAGAAGAAUGUAAUUUCAUGGAGUGCGAUGAUUGCUGCUUAUGGAUACCAUGGGCAAGGCAGGAAAGCACUUGAUUUAUUUCCUAUGAUGUUGAGUAGUGGGAUAAUGCCAAAUAGGAUAACUUUUGUUUCUCUGUUUUAUGCUUGUAGUCAUGCUGGCUUGGUUGACGAGGGUCUUCAGCUUUUUAACAUGAUGUGGGACGAAUAUGCUGUGAGACCAGAUGUGAAGCAUUAUACUUGCAUGGUUGAUCUCUUGGGCCGUGCCGGGAGACUUGAUGAGGCCUUGAACUUAAUUGAGAACAUGACAGUUGAGAAGGAUGAAGGGCUAUGGGGUGCUAUGCUUGCAGCAUGUAGAAUCCAUAAACACGUAGAGUUGGCAGAAAGGGCUGCAAAGUCUCUUCUUGAACUACAGCCUCAGAAUCCAGGGCACUAUGUGUUACUCUCCAACAUUUAUGCAAAUGCUGGUAGGUGGGAAGAUAUGGCAAAAAUCAGAAACCUAAUGACCAAAAGGAGUCUGAAAAAGAUUCCUGGUUGGACCUGGAUUGAGGUGGAUAACAAGAUUUAUCAAUUUAGUGUGGGGGACAAGUCUCAUCCUCUGUCUAAGGAGAUUUAUGGAUUGCUGAAGAGUAUGAGUGAGAAAUUGGAGUUAGCUGGUUACAUACCAGAUACAAAUUUUGUGUUACAUGAUGUUGAUGAGGAAGUUAAAGUUGGAAUCUUGUAUACGCAUAGUGAAAAAUUGGCUAUUGCAUUUGGUCUUAUUGCCACCCCUAAGGGAACUCCUAUCAGGAUUACAAAGAAUCUUAGAGUUUGUGGUGACUGCCACACAUUUAUUAAGUUUGUGUCAGCUAUUACAAAGAGGUUGAUUAUCGUACGAGAUGCAAAUCGAUUUCACCACUUCAACGAGGGGGCUUGUUCAUGUGGGGACUACUGGUAAUUGGCUUACUUGGUAUUGGCAGGUGAUGUAUUCUACUGAGACAGACCUUACGGUUGACUCUGUUUUGCCACCAAAUUUCACCACUGCUGGUGCAAACUUCUUCACUUAUACUGCCUUACGUGUCCUGAUCGGGGCUGAUCUACCUACAGCUUUUGAGAUUCUGAAAGUUAGCGAGGCUGAAUUUCCUGCCUUAAAUGGUCAGGGCAUUUCUUAUGCUAUGCUGCAGUUCCCUUCAGUCUCCUUAAAUCCUGUUCACAGCCAUCCUCAUGCUGCUGAGCUUCUUUUUCUUUUCAUAGGCUCUCUAGAAGUGGGCUUUGUUGAUGAGAAAAAUGUGUUACAUAUUCAGACACUUCAAGCGGGAGAUCUGUUUAUCUUCCCUAAGGGGGUUGUUCACUAUCAAUAUAACUAUGGGCAGGACCCUGC